ACCUACCCUCUGGCGACUCAAGUUGUGAAAAUUCUCUGUUUUCAUUGUUCUACAUUCUCCAAUUUUAGGAAGAAUAUCAUCCCUCUCCUUAAUCGUGAGACCGAGUCGGGUAGCUUGAUGGGAGCUAGAGCCUGAUAGAGGCUAACGAUCCGGGGGUUGCAGGUCAAACUUGGGUGCAAUUGGUACUAAAUACCAAAACAUGAGUACCUUCUCUUCAUCACGAGUGCAACAUAUGAAUAAUGUUACACAACCGACCUGCGGGCUUUGAUGGACGUAAAGAUUCGCAGCCUCUUAGACCUUACGGAUGAGUCCGAGCUAGUAACGGCUCCCUCCUAUCGGAACCUGCUCUGAGGAAGGGUAUACUAAUAUAGCGAAAAACCAGCUCCGACGCAGCCGCCUCCGCCUCCUAUACUCACUUCAAGAACACACCCAGCUCCACCACCGGCUGCACUACAACCGCGACCAAGUCCUCAAACUCCUGGAAUGUUUGAGCGGCGUGCGAAGCACCCACUUUCAACCGGUCAACCAAACAGCCAUCGGUCUUGUCUCGCGCUACGGAAAUGUCCCAUGGCUU